GUUUUCUCUGUAACAGGAGAAGGGAUGAAAUAAAGGAGUAAGAGGGGGGGAUUGGUCGCUUCAGUGCAAAACCAGCUACAAAGAUUGGAAUGUUUGGGAUGAUAGCGAAAGAAUGUGCAAAAACUUGCUUCUCAUAAAGAGUUUCAGAAUGUUAUGGGAAUACAGUCAAGGCCAUGUACUUGUUUUUCACUUCGAGGGGCUUCAUUGCAAGCAACGCUUGUUAUUGUGUGUCUUCUGAUACUAGGCACCAUCUCAGUGAGGGCCAAGUAGAAGAAAAACAAUACUGCGUCCCGUGGAAGGGUGUGUGCUGAAACUGAUCACUUCUGUAUACACUGCUUACACGUAAGCCAUUUUGGGUAAGGACACUCAAUUAGUAUAUAAGGGAAGGUUCCGCCCUCAGUUUCUUCGGAAGCUCAACCGUGGGGAACGUGCACACCGCCCGGUAUUGGACCAGGCUCACGAGUUGAUCCUCUGACGAGACUGACACGCGGGCUCCCUCAGUCUACUGGUCUAGGAUGAUGGCUCUGGGUCUUUUGAUAUUACUAAUUGGGGGUGUUCUGAAUGAAGUAGGAGCCACCACAUUAGGAGGCGAGGCAACGGAGACGACUCAGGUCCGAUGGUGGUGGAACAAUUCCACUAAAUCUAGACGGCAGGAGAACACGACGUGUCCGGAGAAUCAGUCUUGCCAUGUCCUCACCAUUACGACUGGUGACAGGUGCACCAUCUACUCCUCGAACUUGAAGGUGCCGGGGGUAAAACCACAGAAGUAUCUGAUUGAGUGCUCUGAAAACUUAAACAUUACUUGGACGUCGAAAGUAACUUGGUGUAUGGGGCCCUGGAACGGCUCCAAGGUACAGUGCGAGGUUAAUGCAACAUCAGGCGAAUACACCUCUAAUAAGACUGGGCCCAUUGGCUGGAUCAAUGCAACUGAAAUUAUUAACAGGACUAUACCAAUGCUUGCUAUAGCCGUGUGGGCCAGAACCCCCAUAACGAGACAGUCACAUGUAGAACCAAUAAUUGACACAUGUAAACUUGUUUCUACGACAGCAAAAAGGACUAAGGUUACAUGGCAAGUGACGUUUCCACUGUUGCCACAGUGUAAGCGUGCUAAACGGGCAUGGUAUGACACUUUCUUAGGAGGGGUUGGCACCACCCUAGGAACUUUAAACACCGUAGAUAAUGAAAUAACUGCAAACAAGCUUGAGAAUGUGGGACGACAUACUCACAAAGUGGCAGACCAAAUGGCUAGGUGGUUACCUCAGUCCAUGGUCUCUCAUCAGCAAACAGUAAACUGGGAGCAACGCGCUUCAGAUUGGAUAAUCAUGGCUAGCAAUGACAUUCGAUGGCUAAAUGUCUCAAGUUUCAUGAACUGGACUGUAUGCACUUUUAACAUAUUACAAGCACAGAUACAGAAAAAUAACAUGCAAAUGGCUUUAAGGACUAAUAAUAUGCAAAUAUGGCAAGAUAUUAUUAUUAUUGCUUUAAUGACUAUAUUUAAUUGCUAUGUGUUUUGUGUUUUAAAACGAAUUAAUAACAGAGCACGACAGACAAGGUUGCUGAUUUUGCGCUGAGCGAGGGACCGAUUGUAAUAAAAAAGGUUUUCUCUGUAACAGGAGAAGGGAUGAAAUAAAGGAGUAAGAGGGGGGGGAUUGGUCGCUUCAGUGCAAAACCAGCUACAAAGAUUGGAAUGUUUGGGAUGAUAGCGAAAGAAUGUGCAAAAACUUGCUUCUCAUAAAGAGUUUCAGAAUGUUAUGGGAAUACAGUCAAGGCCAUGUACUUGUUUUUCACUUCGAGGGGCUUCAUUGCAAGCAACGCUUGUUAUUGUGUGUCUUCUGAUACUAGGCACCAUCUCAGUGAGGGCCAAGUAGAAGAAAAACAAUACUGCGUCCCGUGGAAGGGUGUGUGCUGAAACUGAUCACUUCUGUAUACACUGCUUACACGUAAGCCAUUUUGGGUAAGGACACUCAAUUAGUAUAUAAGGGAAGGUUCCGCCCUCAGUUUCUUCGGAAGCUCAACCGUGGGGAACGUGCACACCGCCCGGUAUUGGACCAGGCUCACGAGUUGAUCCUCUGACGAGACUGACACGCGGGCUCCCUCAGUCUACUGGUCUAGGAUGAUGGCUCUGGGUCUUUUGAUAUU